AUAGGACAUUUUGACGUUUAUCGUGAGAAGUCAAAUUAAACUGAAGUGGACCGAUAAGUAUCCAUUGAUUGGGUUCAAAAGUUGAAUUAUCAGUAGAAAUGUGGCAAAGUAAAAUAAGAAACCUCCCAUUGUACAGUUCACGGCGAAUUUUGCAGCAGAAGCAUUAUGCUAAAUCAAUGAAAUCCACCUCAGCAACUGUUAUAGAUCAACAAACAGACGCCGAAAAGCUGAAAUCAACAACCACCCCUAACCUUAUCUCCGAUUCGAUAAAAACGGGCCCGUACCUUGCCAAAAACCCAAAGGCGACUCUUGUGAAUGCCGAAGAACAACAAACUAUAUCUUUUGACGAUAUUCCUGGUCCAAUAAGCUUGCGUUUUAUAUCCAAAUUCUGGUCGAUGGUGCCCGUAAUGGAAACAGAAAUUAUCAUCAGACUGGCUCAAUAUUUUCUCAGUGGAGGCAAAUUUUUCCGUGGCAUCCUCUCAUGGGGAGGUAACAUGUCAUUUUUCAAGAAGUUUUUUAACGAAUAUGGUCCUGUUGUCAGAAUUCAUGGAGCCUUCGGUAGUGACGUUGUUCUUUUAAGCAGACCGGAGCACGCAUGUGCCAUUUUUCGAAGUGAAGGUCAGUACCCUAUCAGAUCAUGUUUAGAUUCCGUAGAGAAAUACCGAUUGGAGUGCAGAAAAUACCGCCAAGCAGGACCUUUCCUGUCGCAUGGACCUGAUUGGGAAAAAGUCCGCAAAUCUUUAGAACAGCCAAUGCAAUCUACUCUAACCGAUCAGUACGACAAACUGCAGAACAUCUGCGAUGAACUUGUAGACAGAAUAAUGGCUAUUCGAAACAAACAAGAGGAAAUGCCGAAUAACUUUGAUGUCGAAAUUUAUAAAUGGUCUCUGGAGUGCCUCUCAGCUGUCACACUGAACAAAAAAUUGGGAUUUCUGGAUCCUUGUGGAGUCAGUCCGACGUCAGACCCAGGAAAACUACUUGAAGGGCUUUUUGGGGCAACGGAUGCUAUCCGGAAAUGCGAAUACGCUUUUCAUUUCUGGAAGUUUUUCAACACCCCUGCAUGGAAAUCGCUAGUGGCAAAUUGUGACAUGGUAGACAGCGUUUUGAACAAGUACGUAGAAAAAGCAAUGAACACUCUCAAAGAAGGAAAAGCCUCUAACAUUCCUCUUGAGAGAGUCAGCUUACUCGAAAGUUUACUCCUGAAGGAAGGUAUCGUGGAGGAAGAUGUUAUGACUGUUAUGCUAGAUAUGUUUCUUAUUGGCGCAAAUGCGACAGCUCACACUGUGGCUUUCUUAUUGUACCACCUUGCAAGGAAUCCCCGCUGUCAAAUCAGGUUGUACGAAGAGCUGAAGAAAUAUAACAACAAUGUUACAAAGAGCGAAUUGAUGAGUAUCAAGUAUCUGCAAGCCUGUGUGAAAGAAUGUCUAAGGCUCGAUCCCCCUAUGCCGAUUUUGAGUCGUGUUUUGAAUAACGAUGUUGUUAUUCACCAUUAUCGCAUUCCAAAAGGUACCAACAUACUUUUCGCCACUCAUUUGAAUAAUAUGGGAGACGAUUACUUUGAAGAUGCUACUAGAUUUAAGCCUGAAAGAUGGCUCACUGAUGAACUUGGCGGCUUUGGAAAUGAAUAUCAGGCGUUUGCUUCCAUGCCGUUCGGACAUGGCCCCAGAGCUUGUUUGGCGAAAGACUUAGCCGAAACGGAGAUCGCCAUGGUUCUGUUCAAGAUCUGCAAGAAAUUCAGAAUCGAAUACAAUUAUGGAGAUAUCAAGAGUUCUAAUGCAUUUUUGGCUUCACCUACUAAACCUCUUAAGUUCAGAUUCAUCAAUCGCAUCUGAGUUCUUUCUUUAUCGUUCUGAAAUGUAUGUUUAUUUAUGACAUGAAUAUAAUUUUCACUAAUAUAA